AUGCGCUGGGCCUGGGCCGCCGCCCUGGGCCUCCUCUGGCCGCAGCUCGCGCUCCUCGGCGCCGUCGGGGCGCGGCGGGAGCAGAAGCGGCCGCGGCAGCCGGGUCCGCGCGCCGAGCCCCGCAACGCCACCGCGGCCGGCGGCGAGGGGCCGCCCGGGCCCCCCAAGCUGCCCGAGGCCUCGGGGCCCGAGCUCUCAGAUGCCCACACCACAUGGCUGAACUUCGUCCGGCGGCCGGAUGACGGGGCCUCGAAGAAGCGGUGCCGGGGCCGGGACAAGAAGUCGCGAGGCCUCUCCGGCCCCCCCGGGCCCCCCGGCCCCCCGGGACCCCCUGGGCCCGCGGGUGCAGAAGUCACCCGGGAGGUUCUGCUGCAGGAGUUUCAGGAGAUGCUGAGAGAGGCCACCGAGCGCCGGUUCUCGGGGGCAUGGGGCUCGCUGCUGCCCGAGGGGCCGGGCGGGCCGCUGGUGGCCGAGGCCUUCCACUGCCGGCUGCGGGGCCCGGUGCCUGUGGACAAGAAGACGCUGGUGGAGCUGCAGGGCUUCCAGGCCCCCACCGCCCAGGGCGCCUUCCUGCGGGGCUCGGGCCUGAGCCUGGCCUCGGGCCGAUUCACCGCCCCGGUCGCUGCCAUCUUCCAGUUCUGGGCCAGCCUGCACCUGGACCGCAGGGGCCUGCAGGGCCGGGCCCGCGCCCGGGACACGGUGCGGGCGCUCAUCUGCAUCGAGAGCCUGUGCCAUCGCCACACGUCGCUGGAGGCCGUCUCGGGCCUGGAGGGCAGCGGCAGGAUCUUCACGGUGCUGGUGCACGGGCUGCUCCAGCUGCAGGCCGGACAGUACGCCUCCGUCUUCGUGGACAACGGCUCCGGGGCGCCGCUCACCGUGCAGAGCGGCUCCAGCUUCUCCGGCCUCCUGCUGGGCGCCUGA